AAUUUUCAGGUCAAUCAAACCUUCUGACGAUGAGAUGAUGGGUGUCCUGGAUCCACGUAGCAUUUUUCUUUUCCUAGUAUUUGCCACGUCAGCCACGUGGUGCCAGCAUAUUCACAACGACGAUUAUUUGACGAGGAUAGAGGAGAAGCUGACGACUGAUCGAGAUUUUUAUGAUCAAUGGAUGGAGUUGAUAACUUUACAGAAUUCUCAACUAGAAGAACAAGAAGAAGAUUAUCCAUUAGACUACAUAAUGACGGACCUCGAAAAGUGCGGACCACGCAAAUUCGCGAUUCCGGCGAUCAACGAUGUGCACCAUUUGCAGGCAAAUUCGAUAAAAUAUUACGCAGAGCUGGGACAACUCUCGUCGUAUUGUCCCAGUAAUUUUACGCUUUUGCAGAAAGGAAUUCUGGGACCAUGCAACAUUCGAUCCUCGGAAAUGUCUCUUCCAUCUCUGCCCUCAAUGCUCCAACUCCGUGGAGCACAACUUGACCAGAUUGAGUCCGGGCAGCUGGAUGAGUCGCUCGCCGACCAGGCAAGAGAUAUCGGGGAGAGAAUCCGGAAAAUUGAGGGAUUCGAGAACGAUUGGAAGAUGAUCGUGAUCCUGGCCACUAUUCAGGACGGAAAAGCUUCUGAAACAGGACAGACUGCUGUGGAAGUAUUAUCUGCAAUUGAGGAGCUGUUGAAGCUGGUUCCAGAGAAGACAUUUGUAGUAGUCCUACGAUCAUCUGGAAGCGGAAUCUGGAGAGAUGCAAGCCAUCAGUCAUUGGCUUGUAAAAGUCAGUUGGCUCAGUGGAAAGUUCAUAAUAAAUUCAACUACAACUCGGUUUGGAAUCAGGUCGAAACUAUUGUCGAGAAGAACUACAGAAAACCCCAGUUCCAUGUAGAAGUUCUUCCUCUUCUCAAGGACCCAGCACUAACCAAUUUGCCUGAUGGAGUAGAUCUCAGUGCUCUUGGCUAUGAUUGUGCUCAUUUCUCGGAACGAGGGCUCUCUCUGCUUCAUCUUGCUAUUUGGAACUCGCUGUUCACUCGAAAUAAAGCGAGAGAAUCGCAAUUCCGCCCGACAGCGUCACAAGUUUUUUGUCCAGAUCCUUCUUGCCCAUUCUUCAGAACACCAUCCAACUCCGACAUGUGCAUUUGGACUGGAACAAUGCCUGACGACGAGUUCUAUUGGGUGGAUUAUUUGAUUUUUAUAGGAAUUUGGGUCCUUCUCAUGGUGCUCUUCGUGAUCAUAUUUUAUUGCAUUUGCGUGACGAGAAGAGUUGCUUCAGAGAAGACACCAACGAAAGCGUUCGGAGCUAGCUUUAGCUCUAUCAAAUUUAUUGAUGAGGACGUUGUCUAGAAGCCAGGAAUCUAAUCUCUAUCUAAUCUCAAAAACGCGGGUCCCCAAUCAUUAUUAUGUGUCUGUGAUUAAUAAAAGUUUCUGAUUUUAAAAU